AAAGCGCCCGUCGGUCGACCGCAGAGAUGUCUCGGAGUGUCAUCGGCCGACGGUGCUGAGCUGACGUCAACACCGCCCUGUGUCAGCGUGGGAGGACACCGUCAGCGCUGAGGGAGGUGUACUGGGCCGGGCGGCGCCGGCGGGCACAUAGUACUGACCAGGCUACGUGCGGGCCGCGCUGCUGCCGGACGUCAGUCACACUGUCGGGUGACGUCUGCUACAAGGAGCCGGGUGGCGACAGUCACGCCGGUGAUGCUGCCGCUUGAUGUCAGUGACACCGCAGGUUGCGUCAGUGACAAGCUGCCGGGUGAAAUCGGUGCCGCUGCCACGUGUUGUCAGUGACUCUGCCGGGUGGCGUCAGUGACACUGCUGCAGCCUCUACCUCAUCGGUACCGCUUUGAGGGCAGACUGCUCUCUGCAGGCCAGGGGGCGGCUGGGCGUUACCACGUGCUCAAGUUCUGCGUGACAUCUCAUUGAGGUCGGCGCCAGGUGACAGCGUAGCGUCAGCCGACCGGCGACCAGCAUCAUGCGGCCGGGGGCGGUGUCAGGUGCCUGAGUCAGUGUCAGGGAUCUUCGUCGGCGCUGGGUGACGCUGGUGGCGGUGGUAGGUGACUGAGACAGUGUCAGAUGGCUGAGACAGUGUCAGGUGACUGAAAGAGUGUCAGGUGGCUGAGGUAUCGUCAGGCGGCUGAGACAGCGUUCGGUGGCUGGCGUCAACCACCUGCCGGCCCGUGGCCGACUUGACUCACCACCAGCCGACGUCAGCAGCCGACUCUACGCUAGCCGGUCUGCGGCCAUCACCGGUCGGUCGGACCCGCUCGUCGCCCGCCCGCACUGCCAGACCGCGGCAGAACCGAGCCCGCGCGAUGCGCCGCCGACAGCUGACGAUGUGUGGAGCACUGCUGCUGCUGGUCUCGGUGCCGGCCCUGCUCCUGCUGUCGCGCCACAGCACCAGCACAGCGCGCAGGCCGCACCCGAGAAGCCCAGCGACGACUGAAACCCGCCCGCUCACGUCCGUUCGAAGCGCUGACCUUAUUAAUUUCACUGCCAGCACAGGCGGACAAGGCAUGUACCCGUGGCAGCACGUGCACUACGGCCACUGGCGGCGGCACGUGCACGUGCCGGGUGACGUGCGCACGAAGCAGCGGAUUGAGGCCGGUCCGGAAAUUGACGAGCUGCACCGCGUGCUGGACCUAGCCGCGGCCGAGCUGCAGCGCAGCACCGACGAGCCGGCCGCCCGACCGAGCGACUCACGGGGCGCCCGGCUGCGCUUCGUGCCCGGCCUCGGCACCGAGUACGAGGUUUAUUUCCCGGCGCUGCGGCCGGCUACUGCCUCCGAGUUUCACACAGUGCGCCUGCAACGCGGGCUUGGACCGCUAGAGGUCACGUACGCCGGCUUGGCCGGCAGCAGGCUUGUCAAUAUCGUGCUGCCCUACUACGGCCGCUUCGCCGCGCUCGAGGCGUUCGUGGGGCGCUUCCGCCAGCUGGUGCUGGACGCGGAGGCCGUGGUUCUCACGGUGGUGCACUUCUCUGAGGGUGUGCCCGCCCUGGAGGGCUACCAGGAGCGGCUGGACAGGGCGGGCGUGGCCGAACUCGUGCGAGAGACCAACGAGGCACUGGGCGGCGACGUCCCGCGCGUCAGGCUCCUGGAAGAGAGGGGGGCCUUCUCGCACGGUGCCGGGUGGCUGGCGGCCGCCGCCAACUGGGACAAGUCACAUGAUGUCAUCCUCUUCCUUUGCAACAUCGACAUGGUCUUCGGCCGCGAGUUCUUGCAGCGGUGUCGGGCAAAUUCGCAGCCCAACGGCAGGGUCUAUUACCCGAUGGUGUUUAGUACGUACAAUCCAGAAAUCGUCUACGGUGUGAUAAAAAAGCAGGUGAUACCUAUCCUGACGAACUAUGAGAAGGAGCAUCUGAUUCACGAGAAUCUGGGCUACUGGCUGGACACGGAGUACGAGAUGUCGUGCCAGUACCUGUCCGACUUUCGGAAGUUCGGCGUGCAGUUUGCAAACCAGGCCAGUGAGAGCUUUGCAUUUCGGUUGUACGAGCGUUUCGUGAAAAGUGAGAUUCAAGUCAUCCGCAUGGCUGAUCGAGACCUUGUGCAGCUGUAUCACAGGGCCCACUGCACUAAGGAGAUGGGCAGAGAAUCAUUCAACAAGUGUCUGAAGAAGAAGGUAAUGAACGAAGCGUCCAAACUUGAGUGGGGAUUGUGGGUUUACAAAAAUAUGGGGGAUACGGAUGAUGUGGAAGCAUUCCUGAAAAUGGUGAACAAUUUCAAAAUGCCAGACGGGUUAAAGCGCAGCACAAAUGUGGCCUGAAGCGUUGAGCCUUCGUGUGACGAUGCGACAUGCUCUGGUGUCGUUCCGUGCGUUGUCUGCGUGUCCCGCGAGAAGAAUACGAGUAAGGGCUGUGCUUUGUGAAUGACAACAUGAGCUGCAUGCCUGAGGCGCGCUUGUAAUGUUUUGCUUCCAGGAACAUUAGAGAUUGACGUGUGAUGCCUGUUUUCUCCAAGUGCCAGUAAGACAUCCUUUGAUAUCCGCCCACACUGGAAGUUGGUGAUGCGUUUUUGCCGCUGGGUAAUUGAACCAUGGUUGUAUUUGUGUGUUGUUUGUGAUGCUACGUAAUGAGACGCAUGCGAACGGAAAUGUUACGCAUAAGCUGUUCAGUGCAUUAGCGAGGAACAUUACUCACAGAGAUAACACAGUAGUAUCACCCUUAU